AUGCCACAAUAUUUGCAUAUGGCCAAACAUCUUCUGGCAAAACACACCAUUUUGGGCAAUAAAACAGAUCCUGGGCUUUUCCAAUUAGUAUCCAAUCAGUUAUUCCAGCAUGUGGCAGACCAGGUUGAUAAGAGGUACUUGAUUAGAUGCAGUUAUAUUGAAAUCUACAAUGAAAAGAUCAAUGACCUCCUGGAUAAGAGCAAUCAGGGUUUAACUAUAAGAGAAGAUAUCAAAGGAAAUGUGCUGCUUGAUGCAAGGGAAGCUGUCGUAGACAAUGUUGAUAAAGUUAUGGAGAACAUGAUGCAGGGCAAUAAGAUCAGACGAGUUGCAGCUACUCGCAUGAAUGAGAGGUCAUCUCGAUCACACACGAUUUUCCGGAUUAUUCUGGAGUCGAAAGAUGCCAAUCAGAAAGAUGGACCUGUACAUAUAAGCUACCUUAACUUAAUGGACUUAGCUGGUUCUGAGAGAGUUUCUCUGACGAAAGCUGCUGGUGAGCGUCUUAAAGAGGGGGCUAACAUAAACAAAUCUUUGUCAGUAUUAGGAAAUGUGAUAAGGCAACUAAGCGAGGGGAAGGAGUUUAUCAGUUAUCGCGAUUCGAAAUUGACUAGACUGCUCUCACAGGCUCUUGGCGGAAAUGUGCUGCUUGAUGCAAGGGAAGCUGUCGUAGACAAUGUUGAUAAAGUUAUGGAGAACAUGAUGCAGGGCAAUAAGAUCAGACGAGUUGCAGCUACUCGCAUGAAUGAGAGGUCAUCUCGAUCACACACGAUUUUCCGGAUUAUUCUGGAGUCGAAAGAUGCCAAUCAGAAAGAUGGACCUGUACAUAUAAGCUACCUUAACUUAAUGGACUUAGCUGGUUCUGAGAGAGUUUCUCUGACGAAAGCUGCUGGUGAGCGUCUUAAAGAGGGGGCUAACAUAAACAAAUCUUUGUCAGUAUUAGGAAAUGUGAUAAGGCAACUAAGCGAGGGGAAGGAGUUUAUCAGUUAUCGCGAUUCGAAAUUGACUAGACUGCUCUCACAGGCUCUUGGCGAUGUAUAUGGAUCUGUAGUAAAACCUUUAGUCGAUUCCUUCAUGGAAGGUUUCAAUGCCACAAUAUUUGCAUAUGGCCAAACAUCUUCUGGCAAAACACACACCAUUUUGGGCAAUAAAACAGAUCCUGGGCUUUUCCAAUUAGUAUCCAAUCAGUUAUUCCAGCAUGUGGCAGACCAGGUUGAUAAGAGGUACUUGAUUAGAUGCAGUUAUAUUGAAAUCUACAAUGAAAAGAUCAAUGACCUCCUGGAUAAGAGCAAUCAGGGUUUAACUAUAAGAGAAGAUAUCAAAGGAAAUGUGCUGCUUGAUGCAAGGGAAGCUGUCGUAGACAAUGUUGAUAAAGUUAUGGAGAACAUGAUGCAGGGCAAUAAGAUCAGACGAGUUGCAGCUACUCGCAUGAAUGAGAGGUCAUCUCGAUCACACACGAUUUUCCGGAUUAUUCUGGAGUCGAAAGAUGCCAAUCAGAAAGAUGGACCUGUACAUAUAAGCUACCUUAACUUAAUGGACUUAGCUGGUUCUGAGAGAGUUUCUCUGACGAAAGCUGCUGGUGAGCGUCUUAAAGAGGGGGCUAACAUAAACAAAUCUUUGUCAGUAUUAGGAAAUGUGAUAAGGCAACUAAGCGAGGGGAAGGAGUUUAUCAGUUAUCGCGAUUCGAAAUUGACUAGACUGCUCUCACAGGCUCUUGGCGGUAAUGCCAAAUCAUUGAUUAUCGGGAAUGUUACUUUAGCUGCAGAGGAGGAGACUAGAUCUACACCAGAAUUCGCCCAAAGCACUAAAACUGUCAAAAAUAAAACGAAAGUAAACAUCUUGUCAGCUACAGAAGAGACACUUCAAGGAUAUCAGAACUUGACUCGCGAUCUCGAAACUCGGCUCAAAAAGCAGGCAAUUAAGCUAAAAGAGAUGGAUAAAAGCAAACAAGAGUAUCUGCUCGAGAUAGAAAGACUAAAAACGGAAGUAUCUAUUGUCGGGCGCUUUCAAAUGGGAGCCUCGGCAUCAACACCGAAAAAAACAUUAAGACGUCAUACUUUUGGACACUAUGGCAACGUAUCACCUAAAAAAGCAUCCCUAGGGUAUAUGCCAUUGAAAAAUUAUCCACCCAAAGAAGAAUCAUCCGGACGUGAAAUGAGGCCUAUUCAAGAAGAGACAUAUGAGGAGGCACUAGCCGAAGCAGAAUCUGUGAUAGCUGAAGACGUGCAAGUGUACUUAAAAGACAACUCAAAGAACUGGAAGAAUCUUUCAAUGAGCUUAGAGAAUUCACUAAACUAG